UAUUUCUAAUGUAAAAUGUCAAUGUGUAAUGUGUAUUCACUUCGCCCACCCACACGUUGAGUUUUGAUAAGAGAAAUAUUAGUUUUUGUUUAUUCCAAGCACGUUUUGUUACCAUAUUGGCGGAGAGUGACUGUUUCGGGUAAUGUGAUAGUGUUUGAAGUAUGCGAGCAGCAGACAUUGGAGUUCGGAGUGUGGCAGUUGUUUUGUGUAUUUAGUUGAUUCGGUGUCGACGGGCGGAACAGUGUUUUGUAAUUAAUUCAUAGUUCAUACGCCCACUGAGUGACGACAGUGUGUGUAUGUGUAGUGCGUGAUGGUACAUGGUGGUAGAACGCUAUAGAAGUUAAAAUGUCGCUGCAGAAGAGCGUGAAAAGCGCGGGUGGCGAUAGAAGCGAGCAGGCUGAUACGACGUCGAUAUGCUCCUCGGUGACAACACAGCCGGACCGACACGGCUUUUUCGGAGGUGCUCAAUAUAGUCCAGAACCAAAGAGGACUGUAUCGCCGAGCACGAUACUGAAACGGGAGCAGAAAUGGCUGCGCAUGCUGAACAACUGGGAGGCGUUUAUGAGCAAGAACUACAAGAAGGUGCGCGAGAGGUGUCGUAAAGGUAUACCAGCAUCGGUGCGUCCAAAAGCAUGGCUAUACCUCUGCGGUGGACAACUUCUUAUGGACAAACAUUCGAACGAAUACGAGGAGCUGCUCCAAGCGCCGGGCGACCCGAAAUGCUUGGAGGACAUACGCAAGGACCUGCAUCGGCAGUUCCCGUACCACGAGAUGUUCAUCAGAGAAGAGGGUUUGGGUCAACAAGAGUUGUUCUCAGUGCUCAAAGCGUACUCGGUGCUGAACCCUAAGGUGGGAUAUUUCCAAGCGCAAGCGCCCGUUGCCGCGUUCCUGCUCAUGCACAUGCCGGCCGUGCAGGCGUUCUGGUGCCUGGUCAGCAUCAGCGACAAGUACCUUAGCGGGUAUUACAACCCUGGACUUGAGGUCCUUCAACGCGACGGUGAUAUCCUGCACGCUUUACUGCGACGCACAGCGCCAGCGGUCCACAGACACCUGGUCAAGCACAAAGUGGAGCCAGUGCUCUACGCUACAGAAUGGUUCCUGUGCGCCCUCACCAGGACGCUCCCGUGGGAUAGCUUGCUGCGCGUCUGGGACUGUUUCCUUUGCGAAGGGGUUAAGGUACUAUUUAAAGCAGCCCUGGUGAUCCUGGCGGGGGCCCUAGGACCCGCUAAGGUGCGCAAGCGCGCGUGCGGGCUCUGCGAGACGCUUGAGGUCCUCCGGCACCCGCCGGAGAGCGUGCUCGGGGAGGAGUACCUGGUCUACCACAUGCAGCGACUCAACCUCACCGAGGAAGACUUUGAGUUCGAACAUCAGAGGCAGACAGCGCGUCGACGCGCCAUGCCUAAUAGAAGUAGGUCGAUAGAAACCAGUUUAUAACCCUGGCUGUGUCGUGUUCCGAAGAUUUAUUUUUAUUUAAGUGGCAGCUGAUUCAGCGACUGCUCCUACAAGCGUUAUUCAAAGAAUAACGCCAGGGAUCUAUUCAACACGCUGUGACGCGUCCAUUGACUGCUGUGUAGUUAAGUGUAUGUGAUACAAGACUAUCGCUUCAUCGUCGGCCCGCAAUGGACACGACAAUGUGACCAAACGAUAAACGACUGACGAACUGUGGAUUAGGGAACGUAUGUAGCAUAAUUUAGAGUAUUACAGGCCUUGUAGUAAGCGUACAGAUACGUAAUAGGCAAUGGAAAUCUGUUGAGUUUAGUUUUGCCAGCAAUAUAUGUUUUCCAACUAAAUAAAUGUAUAUUUGACUGACUGCCUCGGUGGCGUAGUUGUAUUGCAUGUCCGGUACAAUAGCGCUCUGAGGUCCUGGGUUCGAAUCCCGGGUCGGGCAAAGUGAUAUUUAGGUUUUUCUGCUCAGUAUCAGCCCGGAGUCUGGAAUUUGUGCCCGAUAUGGCGAUAGGCUCGCCCCCUGUCACAUGGGACGGAACAUACUUGGCGAAAAGUGGGUGCCCUAGUUGCGCCUCUGCACACUCCUUCGGGGAUAAAUGCGUGAUGUUAUGUAUGUAAAUGUAUAUUUUUUUUAUCAAAGAACAGAAUACAAUAAGCAUUCUUUGGAGACGAAGAAAACAAAGGUACCGUUUUGCGUAUUUAAUUUAACACAUUGUCUACGACAGAUAUUUUUCUAAAAUUAUUUAUUUUGAAAACAUCUAAAAACACAACUUCAUAUUUGAAGAUUAUUGUACAAAUUGAUAUUCUAUGGUGCCUGUGUAAAUAAUUAUUAUGUAAGGCCAAGAGAAAUAAGGAUCAUUUUAGCAUAACAUUAGUAAAUAUGUAGUAAAUAUUAUAAUUGGGCAUUGUCCUCGUAUGCUUUUACAUUCCUUAUGCAAUGGUUAUUUUGAUUGGAAUCAUAAUAAUUUUAAUACAGGGUGAGGCUCUUGAAUAUUAAAAUGUACUAUACAAGUUUGCUGUUGUUUAAAAUAUUCCAGAAAUGUUCCAUUAGUAUUAUAUUUUACAGUCGCCAAAUUGGAUACGGCAUUCCAAUGAAACUUUUUUCCGUAUAAGUAAAUUUAUUCAUUUACAUAUUUAAAAUGUAUCGUAAUUUGACGCUUAUUACAAGGCCUUAUGGAAGACAUUACGUAUAUGUAAAGUGAUUUUUGAAGCGAAAAGUAUUAUGUUAGGGUACCAUUCGGAGCUUUACGGACAAAUGUUCUGAUCAUAAAUAUCUGUGUAUAUUCCAUCGCUUCGGAAUUUGUCCGUUUGCCUCCAUACUUUAAUUUCCAUAUAUUAUGUUGUACACAUAAUAAUUGUUAAGCUUACAAUAUUGUUUAUUUUACUACUUAUUUUCUCGAAUUGUUCAUGUGUCUCGUAACUACGCUCGUCUUAAAAUUAAAAAAAAUAUUUUUGGUAGAUAAUAAUGUGAUUAAAAUCUAAAAUAUACCUGUUGCGAGACGGCACACAGUAUUGCAAAUGCCUUAUGUGUAAUUUAAGCCGAGAUUCCACGCGCACGACUAAUAAUCGCUAGAUAUAAACGUUUUAUAUUUUCGACCGUAUUUUAUUUAUUUUGUUAUUUAUAGUUAUACAGCGUUGAUCACGCGGUUCCUUUGUAUAAUCUGUAACUGAUUUCUUAUGAAUAUGAAUCAAAUACAAAAUUUAUUAAAAUUAAAGACAAUAUAUAAUUUUUUUCAAUAGCACUGAAAUAGACAUCCCAUAUCGCCCUUAUAUAUAUUGUAAUAAAACUUGUAAAAAUAUAAAAAAGUAAUGUAAUUAUUCCACAUAUCGUAUAAAAAUGUAAAAAGUAUCAGCGAUUAAAGGACUGAAAUUUAUUGAUGGUUCGGGAAGUUUUGGAAUAAUUAAUAAUACAUUUAAUAUAGUUUCCAAUCAUCUCCAAUGUAUGUCAAUGUGUGUUUAUACUGUGGACAUAAUUAUGCUUAUGAAACAAGAAAGCGGCAUAUACUCGUUUCAGAAAUCUUUUAAGAGUGUGAAAUGUAUGUAAAUAUGUUAACUUUAUAUUGUUUUAUUAUGUUGAAUAUAUUUAUUUCGAUGAUUAAAAUUCGUGAACUGUACUUCAGGAGAGGUACAUUUAAUCGAUAUCGGAUAUUUUGAAUACUUGGUAUAGCUACCAUUCCGAGCACGACCGUACCAGCAGACUGCACUGUACAGAUUGUAGUCGCAUAAAUAAUAGCGUCUGCGUUUAAUAAUUAAUUUAUUUUGCCGCAAACCGUCGUGUUCGGAAUCGUACCUUUAUUUUUCACAUUUACAUACCAUGGGAGGUGUCUUCACAAAUUAAUGUUUGUAAUAUAAAGAAACCGAUGUGUUAUAGUUAUAAGGCGCUAUCAUUACUACUAGCAAAGUACAAUUUAGAGUUAUCAACCUCAUUUUAUGUCAUUACCGAAAAUUCGAGUAAGCUGUUUCCAAGUUGUAAAAUAUUUAAGAAUUUAAAGCCAACAGCAAAGAAACAGAACAGCAAAGCAAAAGAAAACAUUCUAUACGUUAAAACAGUUGUUGAGGAUUUAAUUUUGCAUUAUCCAGUAAAGUUUUUUGUGAUGUGAUUAAAUUUCGUAAAACAGAUUUAAUAUUUUCAAAUUGUUAAUGACUGCAAUUGCAACCCGUAUGUAGCUUUCGUUGUAACAGUAGUGAAUUAUGAUAAUAUUGCUAGUGAAUAUUCCCGUUAGUUUUGUAUACCUCACAUUCCCUUGUGCGACAGAGAAAAUGUAUGAUUGUAGUUGUACUGAUAGUGAUACAAUUAUUUAAAACUGUGAAAUGGUUUAUGGUCAUGUAUUUCGUUCAUUGAUUUUACAGUGUUAUUUUCUUUAAUAUUCUCAUAAUAAAUAAUGAUUUUUGUUAUUACUUUGUGUCCAAUAUUUUGAUGUUUAACCUUGUCAUUAAGAACUGAAUAUCAAAUUAUGUAGGUAUGUUUAGGGCCACAUUAAGAUGUGUGAAAUUUGGCAAUGAUUGUAUAUAGUAUGAAGAAUUCGUUAACUAAAGUUUGGAGAAGUUUUGAAAAAAUAUGUAAAUAAAGCAGUUUUCCUUACAAGAAAGUCUAGAAUAUUCUUAAACAUUUUCGUCGUUUUAUUUUAAUAAAUGAAACAUACUUCAAAGCGUAUGUACAGUCAGCCAUAGAAGUUGUUGAAUAAAUUCAAAAUUUCUAAAACGCUUCUACACAUUAUAAUCAAUCGAAAUAAUCUUUUUCCUUUAUCUAUAAUAAAGUAAAUCCUUUAAGUCGAUUUCAGUGAAGAAAAAUCGAUUGUUCAUACGGAAACAACAGUUUUAAGGCGAUUUGAAAUUUCGAAUUUGUUCAGUUAAUUUUACUGCUGACUAUACAUAAUUAAAAAAAAGUUCUAAAUAUCGGUGUUUCAUAUUUCAAAUAGAGUUUACCGAAUAAUAGCAGUGAUUUAGACCCGGCGCAAAGCCGAAUAAGUUUAUUUUAAGAACUAUUUUCCUCUGUAUACAUAAUACCUGUUACCAAUAAUAUAAAAACAGAUAAAUUAUGAAACAAAUACAGUAUAAAUGGAAUAGGCUAUGAUUUAGUUAGGGUUCAUGCAGGCGCGUGUGUAUUGGUGCAUAAUGUUUUUCGUUUUUUCUUUUUAUUUAUCUCAUGGUUUGUUUGACAGUUGGUUGUCAUUAUAACUGUCAGAGGCAGCUGUGACGUCACUAUGACGAGAGCGUCGGCUUUGCGUUUGACAUAUCUCAAUAUUCAAGGUUUCUAUCAGAGAAACUUAUUUUUACCGAUAGAUUAUAUUGUCACAUGAGUGUAUUAUUUAGUUUUUAAAGUCUCGAAACUUUUUAACUAUAUUUUUACCUUAUUUAUGCAUAUAAAUUCGAUUUACUUUUCAUAAUAAGUGGCAUAUAUGUUUGCUAUAAGUACCACAAAUUAGACUACGUGUAUUGUAUGUUUCGAGUGUGUUUUAACUCUCGCUCCGAUCAUUCAACACUGCCACAAUAAUAUAAGUUCCUUUGGAUUUGUCUUCAAAAAGUAUUGCUAAUACACUAACAUUAAAUAAUAUUAUUUUAUAAAAAAAAAAACAUACGAGAUAAUUUUGAUCAUCUUUAUUAAAAUCCUGCAAGGAUGAUUUCUCCUGUUUUUAAAUGUGUUCAAUGCUUUUUAUAUAUACCUGUGUAUUUAUUAAUUAAAUUAAACAUAAUGAAAGAAAAGACUACCCUGAUAAAUUACCUGUCUACCCCUAAAGGAGGGUAAUGUUUUUAUAACGAUCGAUCGAGAGUUAAAAUAGUUUACGCGUAUGGCGUGUUGUGUGAUGUUUUUUUGUUUCCUUUUCAAUGAAUUUUAAUUGAACGUUAUAAGUCUAUCGUGGUAUUAUAAGUGAUUUUAUUAUUUGUUAUUGCUUGCUAAAUGUUUUUAAUCGUAUUUAGUGGUAAAAUUGCAAUCUUGUAGCGACAUCUAUAAUGUACAAUGUACUGUAAUAAGAUGUACAAACUAUGUCUGAACAAUCAGAUCUUUUACUUGUCUUUUAUUUAGUGCUUAGCGUAUUCAGAGGUGCGUUCUAUAAACUGACGCCGCCAUAAUUAGUGCGGACUGCCAUAAUAAAAAUAUUGAUCGAGUUUGAAAAGCACUUUGAUUUAAAGGAUCUAAAUUUAAAAUAAUAAGCAUCAAUUUAUAUCCAAAAAGAGAAGUGCGAUCUAACAUUAUAUGUAUCAAGAUUGUUUUUUGUGAAAAUACUAUAACCAUAAACGAACUACGCUACAAUUUAUUUAUACUGCACUUUUCAACCUUAUUCCAAAGUAAUAAAGUUGGAAAUUGUGAUUGUUAUAAGUUUCACGCGUUUAGCCCACAACCUCUGAAUAUGAUGGCACUAUAAUAGAAACUUAUUUUUCGAUUAACCUCUCAGAUUUAUAUGAUAGAAUCUAAAUUAAUUUGUAUGAUUAUGAAUAAGGCAUCUUGUUUAUGGCGGUGCAAGGAAUUCAACAUACCUUACUUGACACAACGGCUUUAUGUAUCGAUUUCGUAUAAUUUCUACAAAAUCAGGGAUAUUAAAAAAAACUGUUCCUUAAUACCAAAAUUAUUUCAGGGACCAAAAUAUAGAUAUACUUUUACAUGUAUUAUUUAUUGACCACGAAGUAAUAGAUGCUGUUAUAUAAUUUUUUAUAAUCUUUUCUAUUCAAAGUUUGUCAUAUAGUUAUAAAACAUAAUUUUCGUACAAUAUGCUACAUUGUCAUAUGAAAAUAUCGUUUUUUUAUUUGGUAAGAGCCAUUGUUCUUUCUUGUACCGCCAUAUACGUCUGCUUAAGUAUUGUUCCACAGAAACCACAUUCCGUAAACAGACUGUAUUCCGUUAUUAUACGAAACACUUGGGAUAUUGUGUGUAUUUUUGUACAGCGUUUGAAAUUCAUAUUGCUGCAAUAUUUGUGUUGUAAAUAAACAUUAAAUAUGAA